GUGAGAUUGAUCGGUUAAAUGAUUCACAUGCACCAGCCAACCAGCCACACGGAGGAAUCGGUCGGUCAGUCAGUCAGUCAGUCAGUCAAAAGCAGCCCCUGCAAAAAGGGCCCAUGCAUGUAUACCAUACGUAUGUCUGUUUGUGUGCCGUGUCCGUCUCUCUCUGUACACAGCCAGCCAUCCACGCACCCACGCGACAAGAGACCAACAAACUCAGCACUGGUCUGCAUCCUCCCGCCUCCAUUCUGCAGACCAAUGAGUGCACGGACCACAGCGAGUGAGUCACUCGGCCAGUAACAAGAAGGACCGAUUAAUCGCUUUGCGAUGAGUGGAAGGCAAGCAGAUCCCCGAUCGGCUGAAAACCGUUCAGCCAUCCACGGCAUGGGAGAGCUCGACCCCUCCUCUACUUUAUCUCUUGGCGGUAAACGACUUCUCCUGCUCCUCUGCGUGCGACUCCUCUUCUCGUCGCCUCCGGUCUGGCCGUGGCGGCGAUGGGAAGCUGUCGAAGUCGGGCAGCCCGGUCCCGCCAGACUCACCACCAGACGGCUCUGCGCCCGCCUUCCGCCUCGGUGGCGGCAUAGCCACGUCCUUCAUCUUCUCGAGCCGCCGCCCAGCAGCAGCAAACCGCCUCUUCCGCGAAGUUGCUGUCUCGCUGUCCUCGUCUUUGUCGGGUGGAGGGGUGGAGGUGUGAUCCGGGAUGCCCUGAUGGUCGCUGUUGCUGGCUGGAGAGAGAUGGUCGACAGGGCCGCUGCUAAGAGGCGGCAUUUGCCUCUGUGAUGACAGACCGUAGCCCCACGGCCGACCCUGCUUGCUGGAGAAGAGGUCUCGGCCGAAGAAGCGAUCCUCUCCGCUCUUCUGCCGCUGCGCUCUGAGCUCCUGCAGCACUGUCGCCUCGUCGACCGUCCGAGCCCGAUCCAAACGCCUGACGGGCACAAGACAACAGGUCGGUGAGCACACAUGUAUAAUGUUCCGUCUGUGUAUUUGUACCAUGGAUUUCUCUUGACGUAUUCCCUCACGUCGCCCUCCCACGUCUCCAGAAGCUCAUCUGUGGGAUCCAUUCCACAGAAGCAGCAGGUCAGCACUCAAUCGCAUUUACGUGCCUGUGUGUGUGCACUGCUUACACAGGUAGUCUGUGAGCUCGAGCAGAACGGUGUCUUCCUCCUCAUUUGGCCCUCGCGCGAGGUCUUCCUCCAAGUGCGGAGGCGGCACAACCGAGUUGUCAAGAUACCUCCGCACCUGCAGAUAGAAGGGAAGAAGACAGCAAGAUGGCUUCCUCUGCCCUGCUCGAAUGGCUGUCGUGGCUGUCAUUCAUCACCUUCCUCAGGUCGGAGUCGACCAUGAGUGUGCUCCUGUGGUUGAAGUCGGGAUAGAUCUGCCAAACACGCUUCAGCUCUCGGAGGUUCCUCACCGCACCGUCAGGAUACCUACACAACAAUUCACACCCAGAGAGAGAAUCGCGAUUGCUCAGCAACAAGAUGUGUGCAGGCUGACCUCGCCGCUUCAGUGUCGGGCACGCAGUCGUCGAAGUCGAAGAGCGAUAUCUUUCGAUACAUCAUGCGCCGCCAGUGCUCGUCGGGCUGGCCCGGCAAACCCCACAAUCGACGGCUGAGGAACUCAACGAUGUUCAGGCCGUUCCACCUGCACAACACGACACACACAGGUGAGUGAGAUAUUGGCAGGUGUUACGACCGGCAGACAAGCUUUGUUACCUUGUGAUUGACGUGUAGAAGCCGAAAGUGACUCGUGGGUGAGAGGUGAGCAGGUGGAGGUACUCGCGCCAAUAUGGCCUCAUGUACAAGAACUGUACACCACUGUGAAACACACAUAGGGCAAACACAGCAAGCACAUGGAUAAGUGGACAGCCGUGCCUCAGAUCGUGAGCUCACUUGAAUCCUCUUGGCAGCGUCUUGGGCUUGCCGUGCGCCCGACUCAGCACCCGCCUUGGCCUGACACAGCACAUACGCAAAAAAGAUCCAUGCCCGCGCCGCUGUCUGCCCCUUUUGCUCUCGCUUCGCUUCGUCCACCUGAGGCAGAUGGUUCCAUUGAUGUCUGACAGAAUCAGCAGCUUCGGCUUGCCCUCGUAGUCCUUGGGAUCGAAGUCAUACACGCGACAGAGCAUGUUGCCGUAGCCGCUCUCGUCGUAUGACGGAUCGCCACCCGGUGACAUGCCGGGCGGGAAUGGGACGGUGUCGGGGGGCAUGGGAAAAGCAGGCGAGGGCUGGUGGGGGGAGGGGGAGGGGGGCGGCCGCCAAUCGUAGACAUAGUUGCCUUCAUUGGGGUCGUAGUCAACCGAGUCGACGAAUCCUGGACGCAUGCGGCGUUCGGGCAUUGGGGGGUACGGCUGAGGUGGAUCGGGCAUGAUGGGCCGCCUCUCCGGCAGCCUAGUCGUGGUAGGGGGAGGCUUGCUCUCAUCCUCUGGCUCGUCUUCAUCUGUAUCACCGCUAGUCGUCGCGUGCAGACUUGUCACCGGCCUAUUGCCGCCAUGAGCAGAUGAGAAGAUGCUCUUCUGCGAGACGCAGUGGAUGACCUCCAUGCCAUCUGCCGUUUCGCCAACAUGUCUGCACUCAAACAGACCACUGCGGGCAUGCGGAAAGAUGUCUGCGGGAAAGGGCAUCUUCGGCGGCACAAAGCUGCUCUGCUGUCGAAAUACCGUCGAUGCAGGCGGCCGAGUGCGAUGAAAGCGCUCCCUUCGCUGAGGCGGUGGUCGAUAUCUGGCAGCAGCAGAGGCCAGAUCACUCCCCAGUAGCAGCAGGCAGAAGGCCCAGCAGGCAAGGCGGGGUUGGGUUUUCUUCAGCAGCAUCAUUAGGCAUUUUUUACCCAUCCACGGUGGAGCAAGCGACGAGGGAGCAGAUCUCCAUACAUCUCGUCCUGAGCGGUCUCUGAGCG